GAGAGCUGGUUCUCACUGAUGUUUCUGCUACCUCCGUUUUCCUCACAGCGAUCGGGGAGCUGCGGAAUAGGCGUGUGUUUCUGUUUCUGUUACUCCAACAAAGAUUACGUUGAGUGAAAACGUCGCAAAGAAAGCUCGACUUUAAGAGUGACCAAGAGCGAGUUAUUUAGCCGUCCGUUUCUACCUGAAGACAUGGAGCACCAUUUCCUAAUGAGAUUGUGGUGAGACCGGUGCAGCCCUGUCACGCCCACAGCGCCCCCUUUCGGCCCGGACGGCCCACCACGCCCCGGCGCCUGUGAAAGGGUACCAUGUCAGCCGUAGCAUGUCCCAGCAUUCCUCCGGUGGUGGCGGAGGAGGCCCCUGCCACUGCGCGCCUGAGGCCUGUGACGGCCCAGCCAGAGAAUACUACCAGGGUCACAGCGAUGGCCACUAUUACCCUCCAGGAGGUCCGGCUGAGGCCCUGGCGCUGGAGAGGCACCAUUCCCACUCCCAUAGCCACUCUGGAGGGGGAACCUUCCCCCGCUCCCACCCCAACCAGCACCCACCUCUCCAGUCGUUUGACUCUUGCGAAGAGUGCCUGUCCUCAGGCCACGGUGGGAAGAUGCACCGCAUUCCCCCAAACCUGAUAGACCAGUUUGAGAAGCAGGUGCCCUUUCAUCCUGAUGGCUUCCACACACUGCAGUACCAGCGCACCACUAGUGGGGGUGCUGAGCCGCGCAGCGAGAGCCCCUCGCGUAUCCGCCACCUGGUCAACUCUGUGCAGCGCCUCUUUGCCAAGUCCCAUUCCCUGGAGGCACCGACCAAACGGGAGUACAAUGGCACGAGAGGAGGUGGGGACUACCGUGGCGAGAGAGGAGGAGGCCACAGGAGUGGAGGGGAGGACGGCGGAGGCCACUAUUCAGGUCACCAGCCUCGCUCUACCAGGAGGAGCAAGUCUCGAGAGCGAAGCAAGAGCGGAGACUCGCGGCACGAGUCGGGCAGACGCCACCGCAGCAGGACGGCAGGCUGGUGGAGCUCUGACGACAACCUGGACAGCGACAGCAGCUUCCUGGUCAGUGGGGGCAGACGUGGGUAUCCCAGCGGACACGAGAGCCUGGAUGCAGCCAUCCAGGAGCUCACCAUGAAGAGGCCCAAGGAGCGUAGUGGGGGUGGGGGUGGGGGUGGGGGUGCGGGUGGUGGUGGUGGGCCAGGACCUGGGGAGUGCAUGGCCUGCACCACAAUGGCUCUGGCCGGGAAUGAGGGAGGGGGACACCAUGGGCACCACGGCCACUCCCUGAAGAGGAGCACCUGGUCAGCCAUGACAGUGAGUCAGGCCAGAGAGGUGUACCCUUCCGCCAGGGGAGGAGGCUACGAGAAAGCCCUUGUGCCCCUGGAGAGUAAGCUGAAGGAAAGGACCUUCCACUACCUGCAGGUCCCUUCAGAAGACUGGGGAGGCGGAUAUGGCGGUGGGGGUGCAACAGACAUCGGAGGGGAGAUUCCAUGCCGUCGUAUGCGGAGCGGCAGCUACAUCAAGGCCAUGGGUGAUGAUGACAGUGCUGACUCCGACACCAGCCCAAAAGCCUCGCCUAAGUCCACCCUGAUCGCCCAGAGGGAGGCCUUUAGACGAUCCAUCAGCAUGGAUCAAAGGUACUCGUGUAAGCAGUGUACAGACUCCUACCCCAACAGCCGAACUACACCCAAAACCCAAACUCGCUCUCGUAGUUACACCCGCUCUCUGACCAGCUCACAGCUGGGAGACACCUUAAACCGUCAGUUCGAGGCGGUGUGUGAGACCAUGUUCGGCGAAGUGGAGUCUCAAGCCGUCGAGGCCUUGGACCUUCCAGGUGUUUUCCGCACUCGCAGCCACAGCUACGUCCGCGCCAUCCAGGCCGGCUGUUCCCAGGACGACGACUGCCUCUCUGUCUUCUCCAUGUCGGGCCCCCAGGGAAGCAUCAAGGCUGGGGCCGUCUUUCCUUAUCGUAAAGGUGCUCCUCCCCCACUUCCACCUCGCAUGUCCAAGUCUUCACUCUCCGUGCGAGCCCAGAGCAGCACCGAGUCCACCCAGGAUGCCUACUUCCAGAGCAGCGGACAGUUGGCCUCAAGCGCAGGUCCCGGGCGCCCCAAGCAGCACAGCAACUCCGUGGACCUGGGCAGCUCUGACGGCCCCUCGGGUCGCUCCUCCAGAGGAGGCUACUACACCGCCACAGGCCCUGGACGUUUCCAGCAGCACAGUAACUCGGCAGAGAGCCUUGAUGGGGUCAGGGGCUCGCGGGAGCUGGUGCCCUACGGAGUGGGUCCGGGAUUUGGAGUGAGGGCCAAACACAGCAGCUCGGCUGACAGUCUGCUGGAAGGGCCACCAAGGCCGGCCAGGGAGAGGGACGGCAGGGUCGUGGGCAGCCUGGGGAAGUCAGUCUCUCUGCCUCAGAACAGCAUAGUGCUGUGUAAAGCUGGGGGGCAGGACGAAGGGCGUGGUGGGAGAAAGUGGAGGCCAUCCAUAGCUGUACAGGUGGACAGCUCAGAGACUCUGUCAGAUUCGGACGCAGAGGGCAAAGCUCUUACAGAGGUCCACUCUAUAGGAGUCCAAGUGGAAGAUGACAAAAGACGGGCUCGUUUCAAGCGCUCCAACAGCGUGACCGCAAGCGUGCAGGCCGACCUGGACCCCGAGGGCUUCCCCGGGCUCAGCAUCGCCGUGCCAACGCAGGACAAGAGUCUCCAGUUCGGCUGUUCCUUCCAAAGGCACUCGUCAGAGCCAGAGUCAGCUAGCCAGUUUGCAGAUUGCCACCGCACCGUCCACACACAGGGACAAUGGGCCUACAGAGAGGACUUUCUCCAGAGUGGCUAUACCACUGAGGCCUGCCCAGCGGACCCACGGCCCCACCAGCACCCACACCUGCCUCCACGUUCCCACUCCCCUCUGCCCAUCACCUCUGAGAGAGCAUGGGCAGGGACACCGUCCCUGGAGGGCCCCCGGAGCCUGCCCGACUCGGGCCGAGCCUCGCCCUGCAUGAGAGACGGAGAGUUCUUCUUACGCCUCCUGCAGACAGAGGUGGAGAGGAUGGAGGGCUGGUGCCAGAACAUGGAGAGAGAGGCAGAGGAGAAUGAACUGCCAGAGGAGAUUCUCGAGCUGAUACGAAACGCAGUUGGCAGUGCCCAGAUGCUCAUGUCUCAGAAAGUCCAGCAGUUCUUCCGCCUCUGUCAACAAAGUGUGGACCCGUCAGCAUACCCGCAGCCCACCUCUCAGGACCUGGCAGGCUUCUGGGACCUGCUCCAGCUCAACAUAGAGGAUGUCAGGGUGAAGUUUCAGGACCUCCAGAGGCUCAAGGACUCUGGUUGGAGGCUCCCACCUGAAAAGAAGGAGGAUAAGAAGCUUCCUCCUCCCUUACCAAAGAAGCCAGCAGGAGGGGUGAGUGGCAGCCUCAGGGCCGAUAGUGUCGGGGAUGGGGGCGCCGGAGGUGGGUCGGGGGGCCUGGUGGUGCCUCGCAUUGGUGGACAUACCCUACCCAUCAGGGAGAAGUCCCUGGACCUCGGGGACCGUCAGAGGACAGAAACGAGGAGGAGGCUGCUGCAGACCAAGCGUACUGCCUCCUUCAGGCAGAACUCAGCGACUGAGAGCGCAGACAGCAUCGAGAUCUACAUCCCAGAAGCCCAGACUCGACUCUGAACACAAGACUGAGGUGUGUCCCACCCACCUCCUCACUCAACCUCAGCCCUGCCAAGCUGACCUGCACACCAAUCUCAGUCUUUCUCUGAGCCCAGUUUUGGAUCUACUGUAGGUCAUCGCUGUUUCUCCGCCACCCUCCCUUCAGCAUCUCCAUCACUUCACUUACUGCAAAUUCACUUUUUCUUGACAGCAAUGACAGCCAUUUUAGUGUCUUGAAACUAUGGACAUUUUACUGACACAGAGGCCUAGAUCUGAAAUGGUAGCUAGCAGAUAUGAGUUUUAGACUUUUUUUAAAAAAUACUCAGAAUUUCUUUUUGGCUGACAAACAAGAAAACAGUCCACUUUUAUAACAGUAGUCAGCGGAGGUUCACGCAGUAGUAGCAUGCCUGUGCGUGUUUACCCAGCACUUCUUCAUCACUGAAAAUAAAGGGCUUAACAGGCAUAAAACAUCUGUGGAGACGAGGAGAUGACAGAAUAUCACUAUGGUUCCCCUGUUGCCAUCUCCUGAAUGCCAUUUGCAACAGAAUCAACUACAAUAUAGCCGCACUCUUCACUGAUGCUACCAGUACGGAUGAAUAAACAUUGAUUCAUUUCUCACCAUCAGUUUAAAUGCCCUUAAAGUCAGAUGGUUGGCAAUCCCCAAAGAACAUUCUCCAAGCAUAGUCAGUCAACUAAAAGCUGGCACUUUUUCACCCAGGUGCCAUCUGUCCACCCAGGCACCCAGUCAAAGAACUAUUUUCUGUCUCUUUCCCUUAUUCCUCACGUCCCGAGUAUCCAGCGACUACCCUCAGCAUUCAGCAGUGGGGCUGUUUGAAUGUGCAAGUGCUAUUUGUACAUAGUGUGCACACUCAUGUUUGCCAAAAGGAGCUCUUUCUGUGUAGCAUCACAGCCUUGACAGCUCGAGAGCAUCUCAAACAAAAAACAGAGCCGUUUGCUUUUUAUGUAAUCUCUCUGAAGUUUCAAGUGUUAAGGGUUGGAGUUGCUGGGAAUUUUUAGGGGAAUAUAUUUUGGUGGCAUUUUCAGGACUUUACUGAAAAGGCCCCCAUUUCACUGUGAGACUAUACCACCACCAAGUGGUCAAAUGAGGACCCAAACCAACAACCGUGGUCUGUAGAGAGUUCUUUCCACCUCAGUCAGGAAUUAACAGACACCCUGAUGAAACAGCCAUGAAAGAAGAUCAGAUUCUUUAUUCCAGUUCUUUCCCUUCUCUUCUCUAGAAAUAUUUAGAAUGGACUUUCCCAAUGAUAUGUUUGCAUAAGUGCGAAGAAGUAAAAAAGGGGGAGAACUGCCAAAGUCUUCAGCCGAAUCCACUCGCCUAACUUGAAGUACAAUCCUCUCAGUUUCACACACCGCUGAUGAAAGAAGGAAAUGAUUUCUCUGAAUCGAAAGGAAACAAAAGGUUAACGUAGCUCGCUCAACAGCCUAUCCAAAGAGUAAUCGAAGAGAGAAAACCAUCCGUUAUGAAAUGAUAGAAAAGAAGCAACAUGAUAGUGUUUGGUAAUUACGCUGAGAUUACGUAACACUACUUAUGAAUGGAAUUAUGCUGUAGGUUUGUUGCACUAUGUGUUCUGUUCCCUUCCUCUUUAUUUAUUUCUUGAAAUCAUACUAUCUGGUGUUUCCACUGAACAAAGUAGCAUGAUUUUCAAAAGCUUUGAAGGGGUCUUGCUUAUUUAUUUAUUUAUUUAUUUAUGUCCGAACAGAUAUUUCUAAUUCAAGUAGUUUGUAUGGAUGGUGCACAUAGGCUUGUAUGCGUGUGUAUAGUGUGAAUAUGAAGGGCUGUGUGUGAUGAAGCCCAGUGAAAAGUCCAAAUCAGCAAUUUUAAAGACAAAAAACACAACAUACAAGAAUCUCUAAGCAUGACCUGUUUUUGUUUUUCUUUUCUAAACUUUGGAUUGAAAGUGUUGGCAAAAUGCGAUAUUUUAAUGGGAGAUGUAUAUUUUAUAAUAUAAUCUACAUUUCUAGAUUAGUAGAGACUAUUGAGUACAGUAUAUGUACAAAAACAGCAUAUAUCAAAUGUGAACUACUACAGUAUUAUUAUGAUAGAUUAUAAUAGCAUUGUGUGAAACUACAGCUGUGUGGCAUAUCCAGACUCAGUACAUGUGAAAAAGAAUUUCAAAUGAUUAUAAUCUUCAGUUCUUUGUGAGUGCUGGGUCAGGUUCACAGGGUAUAACUGGCAAGGGUGUUAAUUGCCAAGUAAGAUCCUCCUUAGGCCUACUGUUUAUCUGUCUGUGGUUCUAACAACAUAUACUGCUGUAUCCCCUCCCUGUAUUCCCCCUUUAGAACCAACUACAUGUGCCUAACCAGCUAUAUGUGGAGGUUUCCUUCUAACACAGUUUACAGUAUAUAUAUAUAUAUAUAUAUAUAGAAAGAUAUGUAAAUAGAAAAGUAUAAAAAUCUGCAGAGAAUAUUGUUAAAGCAAAUGUUUUUAUUGUACUGACACGCCACCCUUUGUCUCCCUCACUUUCACUUGCAAUACACACAUAAGACUGGCAGAUUUUGUUGAUGUUAAUACUGCAUGUUUUAUGUCAACCUCCUUUGGGGAUAAAAAUGACCAGAAUCUCAUUUUUGACUGAUAAAAGUGAAGCAAAUUUUGUAGCUUAUAAACCUUUUUUGUGAUUGAAAACAAAUGACAGGAUUUUACAAUGCCGCUAUGUCAACGAGUCAUGCCUUUGUACAAAGAUGAUAUCCUUGGAGGACAAUGAUACUGGCAACCUUGAAACAGCAAUCAAUGGUUUGAUUUGAAUCUCAACAGAUCAAUUGAACAACCUUCAUGUAAAACAAGCUGCUGGCUGAGAAUCAGAAUUGAUGUUUAAUUCACUUGCAGCAGUGUGGGUUGCAGAGAAGCCUUUUUAUCCCCUCAUCCUUCUCCUCUGUUACCCUCAGACUCGACAACAUCUCAGUUUGACACAGCCCUCAUCAAACAAAGCACAAAUACCUGCUUUUAUACUGUUACUCCACUGUGAAGGCCUCUUGACUCCACCCUCACAAUCCUCAAACCUACACGCAGAGGGAUGGCAAAGCCUUGAAGGACACCAGAAAUCCAAGAGGCUUUGUUGGAUAUUUAUCCACCGUAGCAACUACUACUACUACUUCUUCAAUUAUUGCUGACUUUCUCUAUUUGAUCAAACGUUGAGAUGUUAGCCAGCCACCUUGCCUUGAAACAGGUCCAUUGCAUACACAUUUUCGCUGGUUUGAUUACCAUACUUUUUGUUCAGUAUUUCAUCCAUCCGUCCUAUAUAUCUUUCCAGUAUAAAUACAGGAGCCUCAGCUAGAAAUAGCGCCUGGGUGUAUACUUGUGCAAACAUGAUCUGAGCACUCACCAACACACCAGACAGACUACUAUACGAACCCUUUUCACCUCUUUCUAGAAGUGCAAAAA